AUGAUAGAGGACAUGAUGGUGACAUCAGGGGAGGAUAUUCUUGACAUUACUGGUAUUCCACUGUUUAUAAUUGGGGAAGCAGCCUACAGUUCUAGUUGGGAACACUAUGUCCAUGCAGAAGUUCAUAUAGUCAGUAGUGCAAUGAGUGACCCCCUCGAUGUCCUCGCCAUGCACUUCCUGCAAAAUGCUCCAAUCAGUGUUGAGUGUAGGACAGUAACUGGUCAGACUGGUGAAUCUGUUAUUAUUCCAUGCCAUUAUGAAAGUUUAUACAACCAACACAAGAAAUACUGGUGCUAUCAUUCAUCAGGAUCUUACAGGUACUGCUCUAUUCUGGCAUAUGCAAAUGAAACCAAAGGAGACGUGUCAGUAAUUGAUCAUCCUGAUCAGAGUUUAUUUACUGUCACUAUGAGAGACCUGCAGGAUCAAAACACUGGAUAUUACUGGUGUGGUGUGGAAGUUGAAGGAAUUACCUUUGACGUGACAGAGUGGUUUUAUAUCAAAAUUCAAUCAGCUCCUGAUGUCUCUGUAAUGUCCAGCAGUGUAACUGUAGAUGAAGGUGGUAAUAUCAGUGUACAGUGUCUCUACACUUCUACAUAUAAGAAUAAACACAAACAGUGGUGCAGAUAUAAAGACAAGAGCUGUUACACAUCCCAGAAUGCAUCAGUUAAGAUAAGUGAUGAUGGGAGAGGAUCUUUGACUGUGGUGAUGUCUGGACUGAUGAAGAGUGAUUCUGGCUGGUAUUACUGUUCUGUAGGAGAUCUACAGGCUUCUGUUCAACUCGCAGUCAAUGAUCCUCCAGUCUCUACUGGAGAUCUACAGACUUCUGCUGAAUUCACUGAUGCAGAACCUAUGACAGGUUAA